AUGAACGUAAGAGCGUCUGGACACUUCAUCUGCGCUGCGGCACCUGAGUUCUCCUUCGUUUCCCCUUGGCAUAAACUGAGGCCGCGUGUUGGUUGCGGUCCUAUCCCGCCGUACAGGGCGCUACAAGCAAUUACAGAUGGGUUCUUCGCAACAGCCGGUCCACAAGCCUAUUCAAAUGAAAGAACCCCGCUGGCGUCCCGUCGCUCGUGUGCCGCAGUGCUGCAGUCAGCUCCGAGAAGGGCCGACAAAGUAGCAUAGCAGCGUAUCGAAAGUGAGUAACAGACUACUCGAUCGUCCGUCCGCGCUCUGGGCUCUGCAGCACCCCCCAUCUUCCCAGGCCGCCCGUCGCGCAUCAGGUUCCCACUCUCAUCCCCACGCAGGCCUGCAUUUGUCCAAGUCCGAUCUGGCCUUUGGCCUGUGACUGCACUGGCCAAUUCUAUCGCAACGAUCUGCAUAUGCCUUUCCCUGGCCGCCUGAGAUCUCCUGCCUCCUGCAGCAGCCCUGCAACGUGUGGGAUAGCCCUGGGUCAGUCAGCCCCGGCUGGCACGCUAGCCAGCCGCCGGUGCCAAGACCUGCUGCAGCCAGCAGCCAGCAGCCAACAGCCUCCGCGCGCGAUCUCCGCCUCGCCUCGCCUCCCCCUGGGGAUCCCAUCCGCGUAUCGGUAUCGACACGUCCCCCCACACCAUCAGACACAGUGUCGUAGAACGUCGACGAACGCUCCCGAAGCGUCCUGCAAGCAAGCCCGUGCCCACUGCUAUCGUCUCACAUGUCCACCGGCACCAGGCGUGCUGCACGGGCUUGGGUGCCAGCUUCCCGCGCCAUCGCCUGCCUCGUGCCCUUCCUCGCCGGAGAACAUCCGCGGGGGAGAGACAGCCCCUGUGCGUCUUCGCGAUCAUCUCUCCGCUCGUCUUUGCUUUGGGCUCGCAAAUGACCCCUCGCUUCCUUCGUUCGAGGAUGCUGUGAUGGAUGCGAGUCUCGCAGAACGCUCCGGACAAGCACUACGUACUACGGGGCGGAUCCUCCCCCUCCUGAUGGCCUGAGCAGUGCGUAUCCGAGCCGUACCGUCUUGACAGCAUCCCCCUGGCGGCAAUCGAUGGCGUUCUCUAUCGAAGACAGACGUAUGCGCCGCGACGUCGAUCCUUGCACCGUCUCCGGCUCGCCAUCCGCCAUGCAUACAUUCAUCUUCAACCUCGAUGUCCGCGAAUGCCGUGCUCUGCUUGCCCCAGGGCCCGCGAAGGAAAGCAAGCCGCGCACUCCAGCUCCGACCUGGGUCGGAGGUUCCGACCACAAUGUUCCUACGCCAACGUUUUCCUGGGUGCGCGUUCAUUAGUACAGCUCGGCUCCCGAUCGACGAGUCGAGCUCAAGAUCCGUCGACCACGUCAUAGCAGCGUAUGUAUGCGUACACUUCCACACGAAUUUGGCCUCAGCGCGCCAUCUAGUCGGACAUCGGAUUCGACGCCGCUCGGACGC